GUCUAUUCUAAACAACUACAGAUUCAUAUUCCCCUUACAACCAAUAUAUAAUUUUUAUACAGAACUUAGCAAUGGAUGCGCUAAACCAGUAUGCGUCGGAAUCCUCAGGCAGCGAGAGUGAUAACGGUUGCCAGACACAAUCCCAGACUAAAUCUCAGAAAAAGUAUGCACAGCCGGUCGUGCGGCAAUACACGGUAGACACAGCGCCAGACAUUGGCGGAUACACCGGACCCGAGCACACCGCAUUGUCAUUCUAUGUGCGCCCAGGCCAGCGCGAGAUUCGGCACAACCUGGCCUACGAGGUUCUCGCGCAGCCGCUAGUUGGGCCAGCCGACAACGAGGGCGCUUUUGUCAGCAAAAUUAAUCCUAACGCAACCAGCGGUCGAGCAGAGCUGCAAGCCGUUGAUGAGAAGUUGUUUCGCCAGCAGGAACGCAUGUUCAGACAGCAGGGGACAGCGUAUGAUCCCAGUAUUGACGUCCAGGGGUCUGGCAAGCUGGUUGUUGGUGCUGGGCCGACCAGAGGUGCUGUGGGCAAUAAUCGCGGGCUCAGGCGCAAGUCAAAGGGUGAUUCCUCGAUUAUUAAUGGCGAGGGUGCGUACCAGGGCCCAUGGGCUGGGUAUGAAGGCGAGACCCGCGGUCAGCCCACCGGCCCAACUGCCGAGCAGCUGGCUGAGUACGAGCAGCGGGUGGCCCAGCUCACUGGAGACAUUGGUGCGCCAGAGGGAUCCGCGGCGGCGGCGAAAUCAGAGAAAACCAAGGGCGGCAAGCCCAAGGGCGGGGCGUAUCUGAAUGGCCAGGAGGAGCGCACCCUGCUCCACGCGCAGUCCGAACGCGACUACCAGGGCCGCACGUACAUGCACGUACCAACAGAGUUGCGUCAGGUGGAGCCGGGCGAGCAAUCGUGCUUUGUACCCAAACGUAUGAUCAAAGAGUGGAAGUCCGCUCAUGCCGGCGGGGUCAGCGCUAUUCGCUUUAUCCCGGGCUCCGGGCACUUGCUCUUGUCUAGCGGCAUGGACGGGUUGGUCAAAAUCUUUGACGCGCACUCAUCGCUUGCUCUACAGCGCACCUACGUUGGGCAUAGCAAGGCCGUGCGCGACAUUAGUUUUGCGCCCGACGGCAAUACAUUUUUGUCCUCGUCAUACGACUCGUACACGAAACUCUGGGAUACGGAGACCGGCCAGUGCCGCCAGCGGUUUGCAGUUAAGGGCAAAAAGGUCCCCUAUGUCGCGCGGUUCUACCCAGAGGACCCGAAUAUUUUCCUCGACAAGAAGAUUGUUCAAUGGGAUAUCCGCGCCAACGAGUACGACCAGCAUCUGGGCGCGAUCAAUUCGCUGACUUUUAUUGAUUCCAACCGGCGGUUUAUCUCGACCAGCGACGACAAGAGUAUGCGCGUGUGGGAGUUUGGCAUUCCUGUGGUUAUCAAGCUAGUCGCUGACCCAUCUAUGCACUCAGUGCCCGCCGUGGCCCUUCACCCGAACCAAAAAUGGCUUGUUGGCCAGAGCAUGGACAACCGCGUAGUGGUUUACAGCGCCGGUGAUCGGAUUAAGCCGCAUAAGCGUAAGGAGUUCUCCGGCCACUUGACCGCUGGGUUUGCUUGUCAGCCGUCGUUCUCUCCUGAUGGUAAGUUUUUGACAUCCGGCGAUUCCGAGGGCCAGGUCUGGUGCUGGGACUGGCAGUCCUCGCGGGUGGUGAAGAAGUGGAAGGCCCACGAUAAGGUCACCAUAUGCACCGCAUGGCAUCCGAGGGAGACAUCUCGAGUGGCGACAUGCUCGUGGGACGGCACUAUCAAGUAUUGGGACUGAGGAGAUUAAUAGAAAAAAUGUGCGGCCUGAUUAUAAAAUAAUAGAUUGAGCGAAUUAAGCCAAAAAAUAGCCUUUUGGUUUAUUUAUUCUUUCUACUUUAUCUGCGUGCAUAUGCGUAUAAUCCUGACCGUUAAUUUGCC